AUGCAUCAUCGUUCACAGCCGACCGCAAACAUUCAAGGCAAACUUCAACAGGAUGAUGAGUGGCUGAAGUCUCUGGAAGAGAAUGUCUCGAAAAGUGAUUCGUUACGAACGCAGAUCAUUGGGAUGUUGGAUAGUUUCGAGCAGCGAUUGUCGAGACUCGAUGAGACUGUUGUACGUUUACAUCAACGAACAGCAUGCUUACAGACGAAGCAGUCAAACAUAGCGAAAGCACUGAAAAUGAUCGAUGCCAUGCAGCAGUUCUACGGGAAAGCCGCGGAAUUGGAGAAUUCAAUCCGAGAGGGGAAUGUGACGUUGGAUAGGGAUAAUUUCUUGAAGCGUAUGGAACAGCUGGCUGAAGCAAUCACAUUUUUCUCAUCGCAACCGACCUAUCGUGAUCAAUUGGAGAGCAUGGUUCGGGCUGGAAUCAGUUUGCUUCUGAACUUAAUGAUUCAAUAA